AUGGCAACAAUAAACAAACCACUAAAGCCAAAACCUCUAACAAAACUCAGAUCCCCAAUUCUCACUUUAAUACUCUGCAUUUCAGCCAUUGCAUUGUUAUACUUGUUUUCUUCACUAAAUUCCUCAAAUGGGUUAUCUUUUUCAUCUCCAACAACCAUAACAGCACCCAAAAGACAACAUACAAUUCAUGAGAAGUACUUGUAUUGGGGUAAUAGAAUUGAUUGCCCUGGUAAACAUUGUGAGUCUUGUGAAGGUUUGGGUCAUCAGGAGUCUAGCCUUAGGUGUGCCCUCGAAGAAGCCAUGUUCCUGAAUAGAACUUUUGUGAUGCCUUCAAGGAUGUGUAUUAAUCCAUUACACAAUAAGAAGGGGAUCCUUCAUCACUCUGCUAGUUCAAAUUCAGAGGAAAGGUGGGCGGAAAGUUCUUGUGCCAUGGACUCUUUGUAUGAUAUGGAUCUCAUAUCCGGAACUGUGCCUGUAAUCUUGGACAACUCAAAAGAUUGGUAUCUGAUACUAUCAACAAGUAUGAAGUUGGGAGCUAGGGGAGUGGCCCAUGUGGAAAGAAUUAGUCGGGUUGAUCUCAAAGAGAAUAGUCACUACUCGAACCUCUUGCUCAUUAAUCGAACAGCAAACCCUCUUUCAUGGUUCAUGGAAUGCAAGGACCGAAACAACCGUAGUGCUAUAGCAUUGCCAUAUUCAUUUCUUCCUACAAUGGCUGCAGAAAGAUUAAGGGAUGCUGCAAAUAAGGUUAUGGCACUUCUUGGUGAUUAUGAUUCCAUCCAUGUUCGUCGAGGCGAUAAAAUAAAAACUAGGAAGGAUGGGUCUGGGGUUUCUCGAACCCUACAUCCUCAUCUUGACAGGGAUACACGUCCAGAAUUUAUACUCCGUAGGAUUGAAAAAUGGGUCCCACCUGGACGAACUCUUUUUAUUGCUUCAAAUGAGAAGACACCGGGAUUUUUUUCCCCUCUUGCUGUCAGAUAUAAAUUGGCGUAUUCAUCUAAUUACAGCAGGAUCCUGGAUCCCGUGAUUGAGAACAACUAUCAAUUAUUUAUGAUUGAAAGACUUAUUCUGAUGGGUGCCAAAACUUUCGUUAAAACAUUCAGAGAAGAUGAUACUGAUCUCAGCCUCACUGACGAUCCAAAGAAGAAUACCAAGUCAUGGCAAAUACCUGUCUAUUCCAUGGAUGAAGGAGACUUUGUUGAAGAGAAUCAGCGGGGUGAUGAGGGGCCUAUUAAUCUGCCAAUGUAUAUUGUGAGCUAUCUCGCUCAUCCAAUCAUUAAGUGGAAAAAAGACACAAGUGGGACAAUGAUGAUGCAUAGAGUCACCUUAGAAGGCAUUAUUUGGCACGUGGCAGGUUGCUUGUUUGAUGUGAACAUUCAUCGUGUCCUCUUUUAA